AUGUCGUGCAACUUCUUAGCAAUUUUCUUCCUAUUCCUACUGAAAAUAGUCAAUGUCGGAACAGCAGAAAUUAGCUUUCCAACAGAUUGUAUCUAUGGAUUCACUAAUCCGGCGUAUCCAUCAUUUGUUUUACCUCCACCUCAACCGAACAGUCCUGGCGAUGUACAAUUGAAUUAUAACAAUCCGAUUCGUUUAGGAAAUGGAUCGAAUUUAGCUGCUGGUCAGGGAUGUAAUAGCCGUGGAUUUUCAUACUAUGAACCUGGCUUGGGAAAAUUCUUGAACACAUACAUCGAUGCAGAAGAACGCAAUUCAUCGAUUGUUGAUGUUUUCUACGCAACCAAUCACGACCAAUUAAAUGUACGAACUAUUCAAACCUAUCAAGCCAAUUUGGCUUCAUUUUUGACUGAUCGUAUACUCAAAAUCGACUUAGAUUGCAAUAACGGUCUCCUCGGUUGUGCUUAUUUUACAGUUGGAAAUGGUUCCUACAAUUCAACAGAAAUACCACUUCCCAAUGAAUCAUUGAUUCUGCGACCUACGUUAGCAUCGAUCGUGCUCUUCUGUUGCUGUGUACUUUCAAAAAUUUUUCUAUUUUGA